UAACGCGUCCAGUGGAAAUGACAAACCAGAGGCGCUCCGCGGGCCAGCAUGUCCAGCACCGACAGUAACCAUGGGCUUUAGCGGCGGCGACUCGUCCGAACCACGCAUCCCUUUAAGACACUGAGCUAGCCACCUCUGGUUCCGUUUUUUUUUUUUUUUGUUUUUUUUUUUUUCUCUCUCGGCGCGACGUGCGGACGCGUCAAAAGUUCGAAGCGCGCAUCGCCGAAUGGACGUCGAUGGGCUGGAAUGAAACCUCCGCUUCCAUCGGACUGAAGGAAGGAAGGGAGAGAAGCCCCUGCAUGUUCAAGUUUCCUGCUCCGGCUAGAGGGGCAUCGGUGCGCGCUUGUUGGAUGUGGGUGCGUGCGGGGAAGUGUGUGUUGGGUGCGUGUGUGUGCGCGCCCGCAGCAGCAGCAGCAGCAGCGGCGGCGGCGGUGGUGGAGGUGGUGGUGGCCGCGGGAAAGGGAAGUUUUAGCAGCGCCGUGAUUUCUCCUCUCCUCCCCGCCACAUCUAUUCCGCCGUGUUGUUUUCCAUGUCACGGCAGGGGGCAGGCGGAUUAACGUUUCCCUGAUGAAAAUUAAUCAUCCGUGGAGAGGCUCUGUGAUCGUGACUAUUAUGAUGAUGUCGAGUAAGAGCGUGGAGUGGCUGCAGGAGGAGCUGGAGUCCGGGGCCGGCUCCCUGCUGCUGCUGGACUGCAGACCCCAUGAGCUGUACGAGUCCUCGCACAUCGAGUCGGCCAUCAACCUGGCCAUCCCGGGCCUCAUGCUCCGGAGGCUGAAGAAGGGCAACCUCCCCAUCCGCUCCAUCAUCCCCAACAACGAGGACAAGGAGAAAUUCGUGAAGCGCUGCAAGACGGACGUGGUGGUCCUGUACGACGAGGCGGCUCCGGAGCGCCAGGAGUCCGGGCUGGGGAGCUCCGUGCUGGGGCUGCUCCUGCAGAAGCUGCGGGACGACGGGUGCAAGGCUUUCUAUCUGGAGGGGGGCUUCAACAAGUUCCAGUCGGAGUACCCCGAGCACUGCGAGACCAAUCUGGACUGCUCCUGUCCCAGCAGCUCCCCACCAGCCUCCGUCCUCGGCCUGGGAGGACUCCGCAUCAGCUCCGACUGCUCGGACGGGGAGUCUGACCGCGAGCCGGGCAGCGCCACGGAAUCCGAGGGCAGCCCCCUCCCCAACAACCAGCCGGCGUUUCCCGUCCAGAUCCUGCCGUACCUUUACCUGGGCUGUGCCAAAGACUCCACCAACCUGGAUGUGCUCAGCAAGUACAAUAUCAAGUACAUCCUCAACGUGACGCCCAACCUGCCCAACAUGUUCGAACACGAAGGGGACUUCAAGUACAAACAGAUCCCCAUCUCCGAUCACUGGAGCCAGAACCUCUCGCAGUUUUUCCCCGAGGCCAUUUCAUUCAUCGAUGAGGCUCGCUCCAAAAAGUGCGGCAUCCUUGUGCACUGUCUGGCCGGGAUCAGCCGAUCGGUGACCGUCACGGUGGCCUACCUGAUGCAGAAGCUCAACCUGUCGCUCAACGACGCGUACGACUUCGUCAAGCGGAAAAAGUCCAACAUCUCCCCGAACUUCAACUUCAUGGGCCAGCUCCUGGACUUUGAGCGGACGCUGGGCCUCAACAGCCCCUGUGACAACCGCUCGACCUCGCCGACGCACGACCAGCUCUUCUUCACCACCCCGACCAAUCACAACGUGUUUCAGCUGGACACGCUGGAGUCCACAUGAAAAGUCAGACGGUGAACUUUCCCUUCUCUGGUGGGGGGUGGUCCCGGUGGUGUGGUUAACAAGUGGCUGCACUGGAGGGAAGCAGCCGGUUUUAGUGAAUGUUUUAGCCUCCUGGUGGCUCGUCCUAUGAGAUCCUGGCCACGGAGCAGCGUCGGAGGGGCAGGAGAGGUCACAGAUGCCACGUUAAAAAGGGGGAAAGGGGAGUUUUUUUAACCCAGAGGGGGAACUGACAGACAGGCUUUUUUUUUUUUUUUUACGAUGGCGUCCUCCUUUUGGAGUUGAUGGAAAUCGAGGCAAAGAGCCCCGUCUUGCUAACGAAGAACCGAGGAGACUCAUCUGACUGAGAGACUGAGCGGCAGCAGGUCAGACAGCUUCAUACAAAGAUAGGAAAAAAAUCUACAGCACUCAGUUUAUGAGACUUUUCUGCCUCGGCUCUACUGAGCUGAGUUGACUGGUGCCAAGUGGAGAACCUGGGAUUUGCUUGUAGGAAAUCUCGCUCUACUGAAUGUAGAGUUUCAUAAACCAAGGAAUUAAAACACACACACACACACACACACACACACACACACACACACACACACACAGUAUGUAUGUUUGUACUGUAUGUACCGUAUGUAUGUUAACGUACAUAGAAAGAAAAAUGUAUGGGCAGUCCUUAACAAAUCCAGUAUGUCUAUAUGCAUUUUUGUAUAUUUUUGUGUACAUUUACGCACAAAUCUAUACCUUUAUAUAAAUAUAUAUACGCAUAGAAAUCGUAUCUAUCCAAUCUAACAAUGGCUUAAGAGAAUGUAAAACUAAAGAAGGUGGGACUGGUGUGGCGGCGCCAAACAAAGAGGAACACGGUGAGAUUCCUAGUUGUCUUUUUUUUUUUUUUUAGUUUCGUUUUUCUUUAGGUUCGUUAUGACCUAAUGCAGUUUGCACAGUGGUGUAGCCAUUGACUUGUUGGCACUUGGAGCCGGUGCUUGGAGGCAGGCAGAUAAAGAGACAUUCAGAGAGGAGGAGCGGAGAGAGGAGAGGCCAGUCCCAGGCUGCGACGAGUCCCAACAGCUGCACGGCGGAGUGGGGAGGGAGCGGGAGCUGAGGCCCCCCGAGCGAAGGACGAGGUUCAGGGGUUGGGACGAGGGCAUGGGGUUAGGAAUCAUCAGUUGAAUCAUGGUUGGGUAGAUUUGACAUUUAGCCAACUGCUCUCAAGUGCAAGUUCCCAGUUCUUACUUCCUUCCCCAUAUGACUGUUCAUCACGUUGCCUAACCAGAAGCACCACUUGUUUUUGAGCAGCUGUUUGGAUUAUUUUAGUCGUUUCGAGUCAGAAACUCUGAACUUCCUUUUGGUUUUAUCAUCACAGCAUCUAACGGCUUUGACUUUUGUAAUUUGAGGCAGAGAGCUGAAUGAGAGGUCAGGGGCGGUGUUGGGGGGGGGGGGGGGCGUGAUUAGGCUGCAGUGACAUUUCCGAGCAACUCUUUUGGCCAGCUUUUCUCAGCGAGGAAGUGCCUCCACACGCUCGCAUUACCUGACUUCUUUUUCGCCUGAGAGGAAGUUGUUUGUUGACCUGUCGUCCUGGCUUUCAUCCCAAGGUACAAAAUUUGCCAAAAAAAAAAAAAAAGACUUGCACUUGAGGGACUGUGAUUGUAACCCGGUCUUGAUGUUGGGAUCAUGAUGAUGUGGACCGGGACUGGCCUCAGUUUACAGACUGCACUUACGUCCUUUAACUGCACCGUUGAAAACCGGUGGAAGGUCUUUCCGCAAAGGGAUCACCCAUUUAGUCAAAGAGACGUUUGUCUGAGUUGAUUCACCCUUAAGCCUUGGGUACAUUAAAUGAAAGAUAUAUUAAACACAAAUUAUAUAUAUAUAUAUAUAUAUAUUAUAGAGCUAAUAGUAAACAGAUUAUUUUGUAUACCUGAGCAUGUUGUGGUACCGUAUGCUCUCUAACAGUAGACAUAACCACGGGUUGGACGUUUGCUUUAUCAGGAGGGAAGACGAGCGAUGGGGACCGUUUUUUUAACUGCUGUUGCCGUUGAUCAUGGCGGUAAACAGCAUGUGGUUAAGGAGUUUUCUGAGACUCUGUUCACAUCUGAAGCACCUUAACGAGAAAGACCGGUUUUAUUGUGGGUUUCCUCAUCUGAGUGGAAACAACACCACAGCACUGAUGGCAGCGUCUGCAGGUACGCCGGGUGUCAUGCAAGAACAUUCUCAGUGGAUUCAUAAGUACAACAAAAGUCUUUCAGCCUGACAAACUUCACGGUCAAAAACAUAAUCAACUCCAUAACUGCCACAGGAAGGCCACCUGCUGUUCAACUCGCGGGCAGGUUUCAUUCGCAAACAUUUGAUUAAGGGGCGGCUGUAGCUCAGCGGGUAGAGCAGGUUGGCUAGUGAUUGGAAGGUCGCUGGUUCAAAUUCUGGCUCCCCCAGGCUGAGCUGAGCUGCAGGUCAAAGUGUCCUUGAGCAAGAUACUAAACUCCAAAUUGCUCCUGAGGGCCCUACUACGAGCUGGUGACUUCACCCGGAGACAGAUCCCGUGACCCCUUGAAAAAGUGAUAAAGCAGUUACAGACUGCAUGUUAGCAGAUUAAUUUCUCAGUUGUUUUCCUUCAGUUCUUUAAAUCACGGCCUUUGUUUUUACAAAAUCUCUUUAAGUGGCAACAAUAAAUGUAAGUCAACAAUAGGUCAAGAUCCAAUAGAUCCAAAACCUCUAAAUUACUCUAAAUUACACCUAUAGGUGCUAACCGAAUGUAAACAAACAGGUUGUCAUGGCAAAAGUGGGCAUGCAAAACAUUUAAUGACAUCAUCAUUUCCUCAAGCAUACAAGAAACUAGUUAAGACAAAGAGGUUGUAAAAAAAUCUCAAACACAAUUCGGCUUUGAACAAGAGGCCAAAAAGCAAAGUUAAAUGGCAAAUUUUAUAUAUAUAUAUAUAUACACACACACGCAGUUGUGUGGAGAAGGCCAAAGAGAAAAAAACCCAAAUGAAUCAGCAGAUGGAAACAACAAAUUCAGCACUGACAGUAGAGACACUAGAGUCGACCAUGCUGUCAUCAAAGAGCCUUAAAUGACAGAAGUAAAAGAUUGAAUGAUUUGAUAACAAACCAAAGCAGCCUCUGAUUUUUUUUUAGAGAUGACGUUGUCAUCGAAGAGCAAAACCAUUUAGCUACAGGUGAGGAGGAGGUGGAGGUUUAGCUGUAGAGGCUCUUAAAGUAAAACACGUGGUUUCCCCCCCUACGGAGAAAGUAGGACAAUCCGCUCAUGACUCAUACGACAUGUCUGGACCACAAAUGAAUUUAGAUAAAGUUGUGUGAAAAAUUUUAGAAGACGCCUGUACAUUCACAAAACCUGAGACAGGAUGGAUUAAAAAAAAAAAAAAAAAUGCAAUACACUUGCAAAAACAGGAACGCAGACGUCUUUACUUACUAUUAGCUCUUGCUCUGGAAAUACAACUAAAAAAGGAGAACGCGACGCCUGUGGCAUUUCCGAACGAAUCUGUUUGUACAUGUUUCUUGCAUGAGGCCCAUUAUUCAUGGCCAACUACAGAAAUUUAGUUUCAGAGCGUUGAUGUGGACGGGGUCUAUACAGAAACAACAGAACUGGGUUUCAGAGGGGACAGCCGUUGAAUCUGAACAGGGUUGGUUUGAGCUGGCCUUAUAUAAUCUUUCUAACUUGUUUCUAAUGCUGACUGUUCAAUACUCUUUGUAUCUCACUUUAGUAAAACAUUGUGUAAAAAAGAAAAUUGUUCAUCUGUUAUUUGAAUCAGUACGCGGUAACAACAGACAGCGAGCUGUCUUUUUUUUUUACCGUAACGGGUCACACGAGGUCCUGUUUGUUACUCUGCAAUAUAUCAAAAACACCUUUUUUUGCAGUAUUUUGUAGAUCCAAGACCUCAACAUUUUUAAACUCUUCUUCUUUUGUACUAUAUCUAUUCUAUAUAAUUAUACAAGAUACAGCUCGAUAUGGCUUGUGGACUGAAGUAACAUUUCACCUGGGGUGUGCAAAAAUGUGCAUUAUCAACCUGAAUGAGGCCCUCGAUAACACACACACACACACACACACACACACACAGUUUCACCCAGCCAGAGCUGUGGUUCAGCAUGCCAGUUAUCUUUCAUAAUAGACAAUUACAACACCCCGGCUUUAAUAAUUACAAGGUCUUUUUCUGUCUUGUUUUGAUAUGAUGUGCUCUAUGCUAUUCCUGUGGCCUUUCAAUAUGAAUAUAUAUCUAAGUAUAUAUAUGUUAUGAAUUUAUAUGCAAAAGUUCCUCUCCUAUUAUAGCAUCAGAGAUGAAGAUAAUACCACCAUGCUUGAAUGGACGUCCCUCAUCUGUAGUCAUAUUUCCCACUUACAAUAAGAAAAAAACACUGAGGACUUGAUCACUUGCACCCUAGGAUUGAAAUAUAUUUCAGUACGGAGCUUUUCUAUUUAAAAAAAAGAACAUGGUUGAUUUCAAGCUGCUUUCUUGUGUUUUUUUGUGUCUUUGUAACAAUGAAAGAGAAAUCAAGUCUUUUUUCUCUGUUUGUAAAUUUGCCAGAUCACGGGAACGGUCCGUUUCUGUGUCCUUAAAAACUUGUAGCUACAUCUCGGUGAGAAUGUGUUUCGGGAGGGAAAGGGGCGUGAAUGAGCGGGAGCCUCCGGAGGAGAGACAGCGGCGGACGUUGAAUACAAAGUGAAAGAAAAAAGUGAAUGAUUUUAAAAAUGUUACCUCAGUGAGGAUUUUUUCAGGGAUUUUUUUGACAAUGCAUCUUGCAUCGUGUUACAGCUUUGAACACACGUUGAAUAGCUGUUUUGUAUUGUGCUGUAAACAGUUUUUAAAAAAUAAAAGAUGCAAUCUGUCUGUGUGUAAAAAAAAAACAAAAAACAAAACAAAGGGGCAUGUUAAACCAGGGCAGGUUCACCUUUUCUGUCUACUGAAGGAAAUACGAUCGACCCUAUGUAUUGUACAGUAUAUGGAAACAACACAAGACAUGUUUAUACCGCAAAUAAAUAUUGAAAUAUUUUUUUCUUUAA